GCUCGCUGUGCGACUCGAACUCACAUUGAGAAACUGUAUGUGAAGAGAGAGAGGGAGAAGGAAGAGAGAGGUAGCGAGUAGCCUAAAAGCGCAUCAGAAAGCGGGGUAGCGCGACGCACUACAUUUAUCUGAAGAUCUUUACUGCUCUUAGGCAUCAAACUUCUGAGGAUUAUUUCUCAUCAUUUAUUUCUGCGUUUUCUUUAUGAUCAUUCUUUGAUUUUAGUGCAAUAUUUUCCUGAGAAGAUUCUUUAAAUAGUAACUAAAUAGAGUUUCUAGACUACAGUUAAACAAACUAAAUUUCCAAGUCAACUUUGACACAUUUAAGCCACAAUUAAACAUUUCAAAAUUUAAUAGGAAUUGUUGAGACCGAUUUAUAAUCUAAAAUGAUAUACCAACAUUCAACCUCGGUUUGUAAUAACCAGCACUCGUUUAAUUAACAAGAAACACAAAAUUCUUGAAUUUACUUUUCACCACUGAACUUUUUUGGUGCCACAACUUUUUGAAUAUUUUUUCAUCUGAAAAAAAACUUUUGCUUUUCAGAAAAGUUGUAGAAAAUCAAACAUAACUGAGUAGACUAAGUCACUUAAAUAGGCUACUCCUGAAAAGGCUAUCCACUGUAGUGCUCAUAGCUCCAAAGAGAUACCCGGAGGUCCACAGCCAUGCUCUUCGAGAGUUUUGACCUUGUCUCGGCGCUGGCGACGCUGGCUGCGUGUCUAGUGUCCAUGGCACUUCUCCUGGCCGUGUCCCAGCAACUCUGGCAACUGAGAUGGACCGCAACACGGGACAAGGGAUGCAAAUUGCCGCUGCCCAAGGGAUCCAUGGGGUUCCCCAUCAUUGGAGAAACAUGCCACUGGUUCUUUCAGGGUGCAGCGUUCCACGCGUCAAGGAGACAGAAGUAUGGAAACGUAUUCAAGACUCACCUGCUCGGCCGGCCGCUGAUCAGGGUCACAGGGGCAGAGAAUGUGCGGAAGCUUCUGAUGGGAGAGCACAGCCUGGUCACUGUGGACUGGCCCCAAAGCACCAGCACUCUGCUUGGUCCCAACAGCCUCGCCAACUCCAUAGGGGACAUCCAUCGCAAAAGAAGAAAGAUCUUUGCUAAAGUCUUCAGUCAUGAGUCUCUGGAGAGCUACCUACCCAAGAUCCAGCAGGUCAUUCAGGAGACCCUACGGGUGUGGAGCUCCAAUCCCGAGCCCAUCAACGUGUACCGGGAAUCACAGAGGCUCUCCUUUCAGAUGGCUGUGCGUGUCCUCCUGGGUUUCAGGGUCUCUGAGGAGGAGAUGCACUCUCUAUUUUGCACUUUUCAGGAGUUUGUGGAGAACGUUUUCAGCCUUCCCAUCGACCUGCCAUUUAGUGGUUAUAGACAGGGUAUACGUGCAAGGGACUCACUUCAGAAAAGCAUCGAAAAAGCCAUCAGAGAGAAGCCGCUCCACACACAGGGGAAAGAUUACGCUGAUGCUCUUGAUGUGUUGCUAGAGAGUGCUAAGGAGAACAACACAGAACUCACAAUGCAAGAGCUGAAGGAAUCCACAAUUGAGUUGAUCUUCGCUGCUUUUGCCACGACAGCCAGUGCCAGCACGUCUCUGAUCAUGCAGUUGCUGCGAUACCCUGCUGUGUUAGAAAAGCUGCGGGAGGAGCUGCGAAAUUGCGGCCUCAUGCAAGACGGUCUGUGCCAGGGCGAACUGAGACUGGAGAAUAUCAUUAACCUCAAGUACCUGGACUGCGUGAUCAAAGAGGUCCUGCGUCUCUUUGCUCCUGUGUCUGGAGGCUACCGCAUUGCAACACAGACCUUUGAGUUAGACGGUGUGCAAGUACCAAAAGGCUGGAGUGUCAUGUACAGCAUCCGUGACACUCACGACACCUCAGCUGUGUUCAAGGACGUGGAGGCGUUCGACCCUGACAGAUUCAGUGCAGAGCGGAGUGAGGAUCGCGAGGGCCGCUUCAACUACCUGCCCUUUGGUGGCGGUGUACGCUCCUGUCUUGGCAAGCAGCUGGCUACUCUCUUCCUCAAACUUCUGACCGUGGAGCUCGCCGGAGGCAGCCGCUUCGAACUGGCCACCCGGACGUUCCCCCGCUUAAUUUCCGUCCCCGUGGUGCACCCCACUGAUGGCCUGCGCGUGAAAUUCUUCGGCCUCGACUCCAACCAGAACCAGAUCAUGGCCAAGUCAAAUGACAUGCUGGACGCCACCGUGUGACAGAUCGAGAAGGACGAGAGGCGGCGAAGAAGGAGCAGACUUUAUAUUUUCCCCUCUCUGAUGGUAAAUCGAGAGAGCUGCGACCGGAAGUUUAAUAAACGACUCUCGUUUGCCAAAAAUGUAUAGUCUAUUAUUUGUAAAGAAAAUGCAACAAAAUAUAACAAGAAUAUAUAAAUUUAACUAAACGUAUUGCUAAAUCAGGAGAAUAUGAGCGCAAGGUUUCUCACUCUUUAAAGAAAGACAUGGCCGUUUAAACGGACAGUCAUGUAAGCAUCUGCGAAUGCAGGUGUCACAGGGUAUGGCCAGUUCUGCUUUAACUAGCACAGAGCAGGUCUGUAGGACUCUUGAAAUGGUUGAGAAGUGCGUUUUCAAAUGCAUUGGUUGUGUGUGGCAUUUGACUGUCUGUAUUGAAUGAGUUCAUUUAUAUGUAUAUACAGUAUGUGUGCGAUUUUCUGUGUACGCCUGUGUGUAAAGACGUCACAUGUUUUUUCUUGUGCUUGUGCAAAUGUGUGUGUAUGUAUACCUGUUUGCGUACACGGCCAUGUUGUAACUCAGCUAAGGUAUUAGCAGUAGAGUAAGCAGUGUAAUGUAGAAUGAAUGGGAGGAUUGUAUAAUUACUCAGGUGUGUUAGCAGUACAGAAGAAGCUUUCAGACUAACCCAUUACUUGUUAUAUGUGCUCUGUACAUAAGUGACAAUUCAUAAUAUUCUUUUUAUGAGAGUGAGAAGAGGAGAGAGAUAAAGAGGAGAAAAGAUUAUGAGAGAAAAUAAACCUGUGCUUUAUUACAGUGAUGUCACAUGACAAUCCCUGUCUUUGUCACUUUUUAUGUGUUACAUUCGGGCUCUCUAAGCUAUAGAUGGAAUAUGGGACUCAUUCCAGCUGCAAAUGAUAUAUCUAAAGACAUUUAUAUGUGCUGCUUCGGGAGUUGCUUUUUAUUUACUGUAUAUGAUGGAGCAGAAUGCCGGCUGAUUUGUGUUAAGGGGGCGCUUUUCUUUUCCUGCUGCUCCGUAUUGUAUUACUAAAAGAAGAAAUUAUACUGAAGAUACAGUAGAGGAUGGUGAAAUUGAUCAAUCAGUAACUCCAACUAUAUUCCACCAAUUGAGAGAGCUUUCUUGAGAUGAAAGGACUUUAAAGGCCAUGGCGAACUCUUCAUGUGGAAGACCUGCCUUGUGGUUUUGGGAGAAGCACUAGGAUUCCUUAAAUGAGAAACCUGAUGGGGGUUGUCUUAACUUCCUCUACAGGCUGUGCGAAGGACUUUUCUUUGAUAAAAUAGCCACUGAUCUUUUUUAUGAAUUAAUGAAUGAAUGGAUGAAUUAAAAUUAUUAAUGUCUGCUGCUUUCAGUGCACCCUUUUCUAACAGAGAGUAGUCCGUUACCAUUGCCUGCAGUUGAGAUUUGCUAUUUCCGAGCAAGGUCUGAGUGGGAUUUAGCAUAUGCACCUAUUAGAAAGCCAUGGGUAAAGCAUACUUGCAUUGUCCAAUAUCCUAAUAUUCUUGCUAUUAAUAUUAUUAUUGUAAUAAAUCUUAUUUUAAAUCCUAUUUUUGUUAUAUUUCAGAAUAGAGUUUUAGUAUAAGUCUGUUGGUAAAUACUGUUCUAUUUAGAAUGAUAUGAUUUUCAGUUAUAUUGUAAACAGUGAUUAAAUGUUAAUAUGGUUUUAUGUUAUUGUAAUAAUUAUAAUUUUGUUAUCAUUAUUAUCAUUGCAUUUAGUUUAUAUUAAUAAACAGAAGCACUUGUGAGGUAUGUUUAUUUUGAGUGCCGUUUGACUACAUGUUCGGGUUUUUUGUUGAUUGUUGAGUUUGUCUGUAUAUAUAUAUUUUAUUUCUUUUUACAAAUCCACAUUUCACUUAGUCUAAAUAUGAAUGUUUUCCAUCCUUUUUGUUACGGUGAUUCUUAAAUGUACUUGGUAAUUUUAUAAACCCUUGUAAUAAACUAUAAUGUGAAAAUCAA